GCUCGGCUUCACAGUGCAGCACGCGGCGGAAAGAAGCACGAGGACACACCGACUGCUCAGAGCCGCGCGGCCCGGCGCUCCCUGCUCCUCCCCGGCUGCAGCUCCGAGGAUCCUCCGCUGAUCUCUGACUCUCCGCGGAGUUUGUUUGAGUCACCUGCGGCGCGUGCAGACACCGCCCCGGACAGGUGAGGGGAGGCCGGCUCAGGUGCAGCUCACUCGGAGAGUUAUGGAUCUUCAGGGUAAACUGGAAAUCUGAGCUCUCCCAGUCCGAGGACCCACUGGAGCCACUGGACCCCCGUCAGCUGUGAUCCUCAGCCCCUGCAGGUGUGACGAUGUUCCACAACAAGAAGUGCUUCACCAUCGAGUCUCUGGUCGGGAAGGAGGCGAGCAACCACCCCGGCACCGGCACCGGCAGCGGCGGCUCCGGGGACGAACCCAUCCGGCCCACGGCGCUCCGCUUCCCGGAGUCCCUGCACCCCUCCGCCGCCGCCGCCGCCGCCGCCGCCGGGGUAUUCGGCUCGUGCUUCCAGGGGAGCAGCGGGAGGACUUUGUACCCCGCCGGGCCGGACAUGGUGCUGCAGGAGCCCGGGACGCACGCUCACAGCCCCGGCGGGCUGCCGCUGCACCCGCUGCAGAUCCCCCCUCCGCAGAGCUUCUUCAGCCCGCAGCACCGGGACGCGCUCAGCUUCUACCCCUGGGUCCUCCGGAGCCGGUACCUGGGACACCGCUUCACAGGUCAGACCCCCGCUGCUUUUUAUUCUGCCGCUUGCUCUGUUUUUAAUCUGAAUUUCAUUUCAGACAAUUUGUGCAUCUUUUAUCAAGCAUUAAUCUUAAGGCCUAAUGUUGAUGAGGUCAGGUAUGAUGUGACGUCAGGUUGUUUCAGGCAUCUGGCGGAGAUCCAGAUGAGGGGAACGAUGGAGGGGAAAUUAUCGCCACACGGCUUCAUGAUCACACGCCAUCCCGUCACACGGAGACCACGUGAUAUUUACGAGUCACCCGAGGCCUUCGCCGGGAGACACCUGAGCGUCGCUCCGCCACGUUCGGAUUUUAAAUCACAUUUAGGAUCAUUACUGUCAGGAGGAGGACUACAGGAGGACUACAGGAGGAGGACUACAGGAGGAGGACUACAGGAGGACUACAGGAGGACUACAGGAGGAGGACUACAGGAGGACUACAGGAGGACUACAGGAGGAGGACUACAGGAGGAGGACUACAGGAUGAGGACUACAGGAGGACUACAGGAGGAGGACUACAGGAGGAGGACUACAGGAGGACUACAGGAGGACUACAGGAUGAGGACUACAGGAGGACUACAGGAGGAGGACUACAGGAGGACCACAGGAGGAGGACUACAGGAGGACUACAGGAGGAGGACUACAGGAGGAGGACUACAGGAGGACUACAGGACUACAUGUUUUCUUGGGCAUCAACUCACCUGUCUCCCUCUCUGUCUCUGUCUGUCCCCCGUCUGUCUGCAGGUGAAGGUUUGGUUUCAGAACCGCAGGACGAAGCACAAACGUCAGAAGUUGGAGGAAGAGACGCCUGAAGCUCAGCAGAAGAGGAAGGGCAGCCAACACGUCAACCGCUGGAGAGCCGCCACGCAGCAGCCCGGAGGAGGAGGAGGAGGAGGAGGAGCAGCGGAGGACGUGGACGUCCUCAGUGAGGACUAGAUUGCAGCAAACACACAUAAACACACACUUAAAAACACAUAAACACACACUUUGUUACUGUCACCCUGAUUCAAGUCAGACAUCGAAACUGAACUUUAAACGUGCGUCGAGGCGCCUUUUUCACAUUUAAAAAGAGUUUAUAUCGACAGACUCGUGUGACCAGGAUCAGGACCAGGAUCAGGACCAGGAUUUUAAACUUGAGCUGCUGACUCAGUUUUUCCUCCACGAACCAAAAUGUUGCAGCUAAUUUGUAGUUAUUCAGCAAAAAGUAAAGUUUACGAUGAACAUCACUUGAUUUUCCAUGUAAGAGCAGCAAAAGCCAAAUUAAAGCCAUAACUGCUGUGAGAAAUGAAGUAAAAAUGAUCGAAUUUCUACUUAAAUGACAAAGAGUCUCACUGAAUGACAAAAAAACGAACAAACGUGAGGCUGUAAAUUCAUUGCACUCAAAAAUCAAUUUGGUGUCAGUAAUUAUCAAUAAGUGAUAAAAUGUCUCACUUGGACAAAAGUCUGCACAAACUGUAAAAGGGAAGAAACAGCUGAUUUCUUUCAGAAACUCAGAGAAUGAAACGAGCCACAAAUGAAGAACACAUAUCACAUCAACACAGACGGAAAUCAGUAAAAAGUACAAGAAAGUUACAACAAAAAGAAACAAGAAAAAAGACCUUAGAGAAGU